AUGAACUUUGACAUGAACCUUGUUGAGUGUUUUGUGUCCGACGACCUGGAUGGAUCCCAAUCCCCUCACCCGCUGCCUGAGGAGCUGGGACAUCAGAUCAUGAUGGUUGAUGGAGAGAGCGUGUCAGUGGAGGUUUAAAAAUAGAUGGAGUGUGUCGAUUGAGGUGUAAAGUGGUGGGAGGGCUAGUGAUUAGCACUCCAAUGCUAAUGGCCUGCCAAUUGAUACAAGGUGAUAAUGGUAUGUUGUAGCACUCCGAUGCUAAUGGAAUGUCACUAGAUACAUGUUGAUAAUGGUAUGUUAUAAUACGCCAAUGCUAAUGGCCUUCUAAUAGAGACAUGUUGAUAAUGGUAUGUUAUAAUACUCCAAUGCUAACGGCCUUCUGCUAGAUACAUGUUGAUAAUGGUAUGUUAUAAUACUCCAAUGCUAAUUGCCUUCUGCUAGAUACAUGUUGAUAAUGUUAUGUUAUAAUACUAUAAUAAUAAUAUAAUAUGCCAUUUAGCAGACGCUUUUAUCCAAAGCGACUUACAGUCAUGCGUGCAUACAUUUUUGUGUAUGGGUGGUCCCGGGGAUCGAACCCAGUACCUUGGCGUUACAAGCGCCGUGCUCUACCAGCUGAGCUACAUACUCCAAUGCUAAUGGCCUUCUGCUAGAUACAUGUUGAUAAUGGUAUGUUGUAGUGAUAAAGAGGUGUAGUGCUCAGUCAAGGGGAUUGUCAAGGGGCUUGUCAAGGGGAUUGUCAAGGGGAUUGUGAAAUAGAUUGUCAAAGGGGCUUGUGAAGGGGCUUGUCAAGGGGCUUGUGAAGGGGAUUGUCAAGGGGCUUGUCAAGGGGAUUGUCAAGGGGCUUGUCAAGGGGCUUGUGAAGGGGAUUGUCAAGGGGAUUGUCAAGGGGAUUGUCAAGGGGAUUGUGUUGUGGUGUGUGUGUGCAGUCAUUUAUGUGUGUGGAUACCUGUGUUUGUGCACUUGCCUGUCUGUAUGCUUGUAAUGUAACACAGCAUACUCAAGAAGCACCGCUUAUACUCCGUCAGUGAUGCAGAAAUACCUUGGCUUUCUGCAUCACUGACCGAGAAAGCCAAGGUAUUUCUCCAUCACUGAUGAGAAAGCCAAGGUAUUUCUGCAUCACUGAUGAGAAAGCCAAGGUAUUUCUGCAUCACUGACCGAGAAAGCCAAGGUAUUUCUCCAUCACUGAUGAGAAAGCCAAGGUAUUUCUCCAUCACUGAUGAGAAAGCCAAGGUAUUUUUGCAUCACUGAUGAGAAAGCCAAGGUAUUUCUGCAUCACUGAUGAGAAAGCCAAGGUAUUUCUGCAUCACUGAUGAGAAAGCCAAGGUAUUUCUGCAUCACUGAUGAGAAAGCCACAGUAUUACUGCAUCACUUACCAAGAAAGCCACAGUAUUUCUGUAUCACUGACCGAGAAAGCCAAGGUAUUUAUCCAUCACUGACCGAGAAAGCCAAGGUAUUUAUCCAUUACUGACUGGGAAAUCCAAGGUAUUUCUCCUUCACUGACCGAGAAAGCCAAGGUAUUUCUGCAUCACUGACAAAGAAACCCACCUUUUUUCUGCAUCACUGACAAGAAAGCCACGUUUUUUCUGCAUCUAGUACUUCUAGGUCUCAGGAAGGCAGUAGUGAUGCACUAGCCAUCCACUGAGGGAAAGUCCAUCUGUUUCUGUUUGAAAGUCCAUCUGUUUCUGUGGGAAAGUCCAUCUGUUGGUUGGCUUCUGUGUGUGAAUUUGAGAGCGGUUACAUUUCAGCAGCCACAUCCAUCAGAUGUUUACUGAAACAGUAGCGGGGUGUCCACUUUGUUGUUGUUUGAACUGCAAAUAUCCCCAUUUAAUGUUACUUGGUACAUGUUGCUCAUUCUACUUUGCUAACCACAUUUUCUCCCUCCCUCCCUCCCUCCCUCCGUCCAUCCAUCCCCCCCCCCCCCCCCCCCCCCCCCCCAACAGCUCAGAACUGCAGCUUUACUCUCCAGAGCUCCAACGGUACAAUAGAGAGCCCAGGCUACCCGUACGGCUACCCCAACUACGCCAACUGUACGUGGGUGAUCCUGGCAGAAGAACACAACAGGAUACAGCUGGUGUUCCAAGGCUUCGCCCUAGAGGAAGACUUUGACCUGCUGUCUGUCUACGACGGCCCGUCCAGCCCUGGGAACCUUAGGACCAGGUCAGAAUUAUGAACUCUGGAUUAUUUGCGAUAAAAUGGUUGGGCUUAAUAGGGACCAGGAGUUUUUCCUUGGCCAGGUGACAGGACUGGGAAAAACUCCUGGAUAAAAAUUUUUUUCCUGAUGCAUUGAGUUGGCACUAGUCUUUGCGAUGUGAGUAGAUUCGACAUAGUGAUGAUUCAACAUAUCUCCCAGUGAGGUCAGUGUGCAGAGUAGGGCACUGGAUAUUAAACUGGCCCUCUGCAGUAGCCACUAUCAGCAGUCUCCAGUGGCCACUAAGUGCUAUACAGCAGUGUGUCAGACUUUAAAGGUAGCCCAGGGUCCAUUCUGGGUCAGGUAUUAGCCCAGGGUCCAUUCUGGGUCAGGUAUUAGCCCAGGGUCCAUUCUGGGUCAGGUAUUAGCCCAGGGUCCAUUCUGGGUCAGGUAUUAGCCCAGGGUCCAUUCUGGGUCAGGUAUUAGCCCAGGGUCCAUUCUGGGUCAGGUAUUAGCCCAGGGUCCAUUAUGGGUCAGGUAUGUUUCAAAGCUAUAGGAAAUCCAUGUAUUGGAGUGUCUGUAUCAGGGCUGUGGCGGUCAUGAAAUUUUGUCAGCCGGUGAUUGUCAAGCAAAUAACUGCCAGUCUCACGGUAAUUGACCGUUAAUUAACAUAAACACAUUUUAGCAUCUCCUGGCUUACACGCAUUGCAUACAAGCCACUGAUGCAGACCUUUGGAAGAUCUACAUAAAAAAAAAAAAAAUAAUACAUUAAUGUAAUAUAGCCUACACCUUCACAAUAAAUCCAUUAUUUAUUUUAGACAGGUCUAAAGAAACAUGAUAUGAAGAAAAUGUAGUCUAUUUCUGAAGAACAGAAUAGCAUACUCCGAGUUGUCCUUAUGUUAGGUCCUGAUGUGGCUAUGCCAUAUGGCUGUGGGCUACACUAGUUCAUUUAGCAGAUUCCAUGGCAUUAUUUUAAAAUUAUUUUAUUGUAUGAAGAAUACAAUUGAACAAAUCUGAAUAAAAUAGAAAGGAUAUUUUCUCCAAACGAUUUGAGGGAGUGCGCACAUGCGGCUAGUCUGUGUUGAGAGGUUAACAAAGAAACAGAUACUCCUAUGUGCUUCAUUUAGAGUUAUGUAACUUCAGUUGUGAUACAAAUGUCGGGCUCAAUGUUUUGAUUUUUAAUACAUUGUAAAGCUGCAUGAUGCGACUCUAAUGAUGAUUUGAAAAAAAGUUGCAUGAAAGGCAUGAGCUCCGCUUUGUUUUUUUGUGCAGGCUGCACACACUUCAUCAGUCUCUCAUUCACAAUUUGACAAGCACUUGAUAAUGCCUCGAAUUACCUGGCAGUAUCCCCUUUGUGUGGCCGUAAUGCCCCCUAAAAAAAACCAUGCUUUUUGCAGCCAGUGGCCGUUGUGCCCUUGGGCUGAAUAUAAAAAUUACAAUUCCCUUCUCCCGGCUGCUUGCCGAAGCACCUCUCACUCAUAUGACGUGAUCUGGUCUUUCUCACAGGCUACAAGUGAAGACAGACACAUCUCGAACGCAACUGCGCGCGUCCUUAUCCAAUUCCGAGGUGCAUAUUGAAGAUAUUGGAAGAACUGUCCACAUUUACUUUUCGUCAACCAACAAGAUGAGUUGGCCUAACAAACAGCAAAAGCACUAACCUAUGUCAAUCUACUAUCCCCCAUAGUACAAACGUUGACCUAUUCUAUUCUGUGUGAGAAAUAAAUAUUCCAAACAUAGCCUGGGACAGUUGUGGGAUGCGAUAGAUCCCAAAAUAAUACAACCACUAGCAUUAAAAAAACUGUUUUAAGCAAUGAGCCUGACACAACAGAUGAGAACGUUUUGCACAGCAAAGCGUACAUGGCAGUAGGCUAUAACAGCGAAUUUUCCAUUAACAGGAAAACACCAUUCACAAAAGUGACUGCAAAUGCGAUUAUGCAUGUAAUGCUUUCAUUAUAAAGGUGCAUUGCUAUGGUGGAAAUGAUAUCUUCCCCAAACAUGAAACUCACACGCUGCGUAUGUAUGCCAGUCAGGCUCUACACCCGUUGGAAAGAGGAUUAAUGUGCUUCAUUUUAAGAAGUUAUUUGGACACUUUAGUUGUGAUACAAACCUUAUCAAAACAUAUAGGCCUAUGGGCUAGGCUACAUGAGGUGUGCAACUAUGAUUGGAAACAGUCAACCCAAAAAAAAAGGCAUGCGCUGUUUCUUGCCUUAAACUGGGCAUCGUUCACAAGUCAAAAUAUAUCAUUCACAAAGGACAGGCUAAUAUUGUCACCCAUCAGACUAUUCUUGAUUUAAUAUUGUCUUUACAUUCACUAAAUAAUAUAUGUGUGAAAUGUGUUUUGAUUUAGAGUGGACCAUUAUCAUGCACCUGUCUCGGAACAGGGGCAGGGGGAAAAAUACAUGUCAUCUACUGUAUGCACUUAAAUAGGGAAUGGAGGACGCUUUGUCCGUGGUUCAUUUUCAUGCCAGCCAGGUAGGCUAUACUCCUGUUGUAAAGAGAAGCAAUGUGCUUAAUACUAGGAAAGUUGAGAAAUAAAUAUAGUAGGCUUAGCCUAUCGAAAAGCUGAUGGGAUCCUCCUCUUUUUAAUAGAGGCAGUUACCGUGACUAAACGGUCCCGUGGAAUUUGACUGCUGUCAUGAUUCGUGUCUGCCGGUGUGACGGCAAUACAGUCACCAUAACAGCUCUAGUGGCCGGUGUUUGUGACGGAUAAAGCACCAUAAAAGCUUAGUUGUCCGCCGGGUACGGUAUACAGUCACCAUAACAGCUCUAGUCUGUCCGCCGGUGUGACGGUAAUACAGUCACCAUAACAGCUCUAGUCUGUCCGCCGGUGUGACGGUAAUACAGUCACCAUAACAGCUCUAGUCUGUCCGCCGGGGGGUGACGUAAUACGUCACCUAACAGCCUAGUUGUCCCCCGGUUUUUUGGACCGGUAAAAACAUCCAUAAAAGUCUAGUUGUCCCCCGGGUUUGGGGCGGUUUUAAAACAGUCACCCAAAGCUUUCUGUUUGUGAUAUAAGUACCCAAAAGGGGCCAAAAUUGGCCUUUUUUUGUGGGGGACUUAUCAACAUUUUAAACCCCCUUGUUGUUGGGGGUAGUAUCUACAAAAUUGAUGGACCCCUUAUUUUAAAAACCCUCUGUCUGCCCCUUUGGGGGAUUUUGAAUAGUUUGUAAGUAAUUUUAUAGAAAGGACACCCAAGAUUGGGAUUUCCCCCCGUUUUCUAACCCAUUGGGGGGCCCCUUUUUUUUUUACCCUUUCUUUGAAUGCACACAAAAAGCCUGAACCUUAGAGGUUUUGUUGUAAAGGUUAGAGAGGAGAGUUAUUUUUUUUUUAGCGGGCCCAAGGAAAAGGGGGAAAGAAAGGGGGAAACUGAGGGGGGAAAAAAUUUGGGGAAAAGGGGGUGGGAAAAACCCUUCUCCGUCUGUCCUCUUCUCUUUCUCUCUCUUCUCGUCCUUUUCUCUCUUCUUCUCCUCAAUCUCUCUCUCUCUCAGUUUUCUUUCCCCUCCCCCCUGAUUCUUCUUUUUUUUGGGUUUUUUUUUUUUUGUUUUAUUGGGUCUUUACUGGGUUAAGGGAUUCGCUAAAGGGAAAUUUUCUUUCCAAGUUUGGUGACCCUCUUUCCCGGAAUUGCCCCCUUUGCCAUGUUUUUUGUUUACUAUAUUCCCUCUCCCUUAUUUCUGUUUUUAUUCCCUUUUUCCAAGAAAGAGGGUGAAUAUUACAGAGGAACAGAGAGGAGAGAAAGAGAGGAGAGAAGGGGAAAGAGAUACAGAAGGAAAGGAACAGGGGAAAAAAGAUACAGAGGGAAAGAGAUCAGAGAUUGAAACAGAGAGAGUAAAAGGCGAGAGAGAGAACCGAGAGGGGGGAGAGGGGGGAGGAGAGGGGGGAGGGGAGGAAGAGGGAGGGGAGGGGAGGAGAGGGGAGGAGGAGAGGUGGGAGAGGGGUUUGGAAAGGGGGCGAACAAUGGGAGGAGGGGGAGGAGAGUGGAGGAGGGGGAGACGAGGGGGAGCCUUAGGGUGUUCAAGUUAA